UCACCCACAGGAGCCCAGAAACCCUCCAUGUCAGAGAUGCUGUGGCUGCUGCCCCUGCUGUGGGCGGGGUCCCUGGCUCAGGAUAGAAGAUACACGGUGACAGUGCAGACACCUGUGACAGUGCAGGAGGGCUUGUGUGUUUCUGUGUCCUGCACAUUCACUGCAUCAUGGACCUCUGGGACUUCUAUCCCUACAUAUGGCUCCUGGUUCCCAGAAGGAGCUAAGUCAGACACAGAUGCUGCUGUGGUCACAAGCAACCAGACUCGUAACGUGCAGGAGGAGACCCAGGGCCGAUUCCACCUCCUCGGGGAUCCCAGGACCAAGAACUGCUCCCUGGACAUCAGAGACGCCAGGAGGACAGAUAACAGAUCAUAUUUUUUUCGAGUGGAGAGGGAACAUUCCCCAGGGUUUAAAUAUUCUUACAAACAUAACAUGCUCUCCGUGCAAGUGACGGCCCUCAGCCACACACCCCACAUCCUCAACCCGGGGACCCUGGAGAGCGGCCUCCCCAGGAACCUGACCUGCUCUGUGCCCUGGGCCUGUGAGCGGGGCACGCCCCCCAUCUUCUCCUGGACGUCAGCUGCCCACACCUCCCUGGGCCCCAGAACCCGCCUCUCCUCUGUGCUCACCCUCACCCCACGGCCCCAGGACCACGGCACCAACCUCACCUGUCAAGUGCAUUUUCCUGCCAUUGGUGUGACCGUGGAGACAACCAUCCAGCUCAACGUCACCUGUGCCACACAGAACCCAACACCAGGUGGUUGCCUAGGAGACAGUGCAGGUGGGAAGGAGCCUUCUGUCAUGGGGCAUUGA